AUGGAUAGCGACUGGCCUGGAUACAGACAUGCGCCCGCAUAUACUCCCUCCGAUUCGACCGAUGGUCCAGCCUUCGCGUCGCCGCUGGGAACUGCCAGCUGGGGCCACGAUGGGUUCUCGCAUGACCCGGGAUUCCUGGCUUCACAGGAAGAGCUGCGAUGCAUGCUCUUCACAAUCGCACAGUCUGCAGCGCCAACACGGGCGGGGAGCCCCGCUGCACAGGGCCACGCGAGGGAGCUGCCGCACGAGACGGAGCGCCUACCGCUCCGACCGGCGCUUUCCAAUACCCGGCGAGUGGAAUACUUGAAAAACUAUGUAGGCCAGGUAGCUCCAUGGCUUGACAUGUUCGACUCGCAAUGCACCUUUCGCGUCCAGAUUCCUGCCCUCGCUCGUACUUUCCCGGCACUGCUCUAUGCGAUUCUUGCCAUCUCCGCACGCCAGAUGGAACGAAAGGAAGGAAUACGAAACUCCUUUGACAGCAUCGAAUUGUACCAGGAGGCCAUUCGUCUGCUGAGCCCGCUGUUGCAGAACCCGGACCCAAAGGUCGUCGCAGCAUGUGUGCUGCUAUGCUGUCUGGAAAUGAUGUCUGCGCGUGCCCAAGACUGGCGCCGUCAUUUGGAGGGAUGUACUGCGCUCUUCGAUGCCUUUGGGAUCAAUGGGUUCAGCAGCGGGUUGUUACAAGCAAUCUUCUGGUGCUACGUGCGCAUGGAUGUAUGUGGCGCUCUCAUAUCGGAUGGCACUCAGAGCACCCUUCUUCGACCGAGCAAGUGGCUCGCGCCGGACUGCAAUGAAGACGACGCUAGCCGACUCUUCGAAGCUGUUCAAUCUCCAGACAUGCAGGCUAACUAUGCCGUCUAUCUCUGCGCCAAAACGUGCGAGUUGGUCUCCGAUCGCACCCAGUUCGUGGAGUUGGCGGCGCAGAAUGAAUGCACCGGGGAGACCUUCAAUCAUCGUUGGCUUCGACUCUGGGAGGAUUUGCAACAGUGGAUUCAAAAUCGCCGACCGGAACUAUUGCCAGUGCACACCACUCAGACCAAGCCAUUCCCGCAAAUCCUCUUUCUGCACUGGGCGGCCAUCUCAUCAAAUCAACUGUACCACACUGCUUGCAUUCUGCUUUUGAAUAUCAUGCCAAAAUCUCUUAAACUACAACCUGCGCCUACGAUCUCGGCUUUGUGGCACGCGCGGCGAAUCUGCGGCAUUUCCCUGGCAAACCCACACCAGGGAUGUCUGAACAACGCCAUUCAACCCCUCUGGAUAGCCGGGCGUCUGUUCAGUCACGUCUCCGAGCAUGCGAUAAUCAUCGACAUCAUUCAGAAAAUAGAGGGGGAGACGGGAUGGGGCGCCCGUUGGCGUAUUCGAGAUCUGGAACUUGCCUGGGGCUACCAAGUGCCUCGCAAUUGGGGUUCCAAAGACUAUAAAUCACCCGCAGCUGACUGA